UUCCCCUCUAAGGUAGGAGGACGACCAGCAUGGCUGGAUCCGAAGAAUCUUCCUGCUGCUCACCAACUUCGCUGCGGCGCUGAAGGAUCAGAGGGGAAAUGUGACCGACUGCUCUCCUUCCUGCUACAGAUCUAUGCUCCUGUUCCUGACGGACCGGAACAUGCUUUUCAUCGCUCCAUCUUCAUCUUCUUCUGCCCCGAGUGCUGCGGUAAGGAUGGAAGCAUACGCGCUCUGCGUUGCCAGCUCCCUCGGGAGAAUCAGUUCUACUCGUUC